CCUGCACUGCCGGCGGCGCUCUGCCACAUGACGUCAGUCUACUGUGCCUACAGGAUUACCAGCCGCUACACAGCUUAGGCACACCACUGCCACCACCGCCACCAUCACCACCGGCAUGGCCGCCACCACCGCCAACACAGCCGCCAUCACCAACACCGCCACCACCGCCACGACCUCUGCCGUUACAGCCCACCAGACUCUUGCUGCAGCUGCAACUGCACCGCCCACGACUCCUCCACUUGAUGAAGGCACUGUCUCUCGGAUGCGGAGCCUCUCUGGAGAGCAGAGAGUAUGGAGGCUGAUCCAGGCGGCUCGGCAGGGGGCAGUAUGGGAGCUAAGGGCACUGCUCGCAGUGGGGGCGGACGUGGGGGCGAUGGGCGGAGGUGGGUGGACCGCCCUGCACUGGACAGCAUGGGAGGGACAUGUGGAGACGGCGAGGUGCCUACUGGAGGCCGGGGCGCCAGUGGACGCCUGGGACGGCGGUCUGAAGAGGACGCCUCUGUUCUGUGCUGCACAGAGGGGCCAUGCAGCUGUGACACAGCUGCUGCUAUCGGCCUCCGCUGACCCAAACUUCAAGGAUGUGGAUGGGUGGACGCCGUUGCACUUUGCAGCUCAUGGUGGCAGCCCAGAAGUGGCAGCUGCACUGCUCGAGGCGGGGGCCGACCAGGAAACCAGAAAUGAUGAUGGGGACACAGCCCUGGACAUCGCCAGGCAGUGUAACAGGCGGCGGCUGAUCGAGAUGCUGUCAUCAGGCAGCCAGUCCAAAAAACUCCCUCUGCAAUAAAACUAAAACAGGCUCUCCACAUCUUGAUGUUUUUUAAAUAAAGAAUUCAAAACGUCAA